AUGGCGGUGCCGGGCCCCGACGCCGUGCUGGAGGUGGGCCAGCGGCUAUUCCAUGUCAACAGGGCCGCGCUGUCGCGGGCAAGCGACUACUUUCGCGCCUUGUUCUUCGGCGGCACCAGGGAUCGGUCGGGGCCGGGGCGCCGCGUCGUGCUGCGAGGCCUGGACGCCGAGGUGUUCGAGCGGCUGCUGGCCUUCGCCCAGGGCGGCCACGUCGUGAUCGAGCGGCACAACGCGGCGGCGCUGCUGGAGGCCGCCGACUUCUUGCUGUUGGAGCGGCUCAAGCGUCUGUGCGGCGCCUUCCUGCAGCGCCAGCUCCGCGCCGGCAACUGCCUAGGCUUCUGGGCCUACUCGAGGCGCUUCGCCUGCCCGGGCCUGGAGGCCGCAGCCCGCCGGGUGGCCCACACUCACCUGGCCGCCGUGAUGGCCGAGCGGGAGGAGCUGGCGCAGCUCCCCGAGGAGGCUCUGGCCGAGCUGCUGGCCAGCGACGAGCUGUACGUGGGCGCCGAGGACGAGGUGGUCGAGGCCUUGGUGGAGUGGGCGGGCCACGGGCGCGGCCGGGAUGCGGCCUUGCCGUCGCUGCUCGGCCUGGUCAGGGCCCCCUUCCUCAGCCUCGCCUUCCUCGACCUCCUCAUCCAACGGACCCAGGGCGGGGGCAGCGGCGAGGACGACACUUGCGGCCGCCUGCUGAAGAUGCUCAGCCGGGCCCUACCCCGCCAAUGGACGGCGGCCCAGGGCCUCCCCCAGAGAGGCCGCAGCUACCAGACCCUCUACGUCCUCGGGGGAAGACACGAGCUGGAGCAGCAAGAACUCUUCCAAUUCCACCCUAAAACCAACUCGUGGCAAGCCUGCUCCCCUCUCCGCCGCAGAAACCUCACCCAGUACGCCGUGGCAGCAGUAGGGAAUUACAUCUUUGUCACGGGCGGAUACUUCCGAGACGAGGUGGUGUGGUACUGCGUGGACUGGGUGCUGAUUUACAACUGCUGGGAGAACAGCUGGUCGGAAGGACCUUCCAUGAAGCAAUCCCGCAACUGGCACUGUGCCGUCGGCACCAGCCAGUACCUCUACGUGCUGGGAGGAAGCACCGACGAGGCGGUGAUAGGUGAUGUGGAGCGUCUGCCCGUGACCCACACGGAGUGGGUGGGCAUGAGCGGCAUGGUGCAGCCUGUGGAGAGGGCGGCGGCGGCCAGCGACGGGGCCAGCAUCUACGUGCUGUGCGGACUGGAUGAGAACGGCGAUGUCUACAGUGGGGUUCAGCGGCUACAUGUGGACACAGAUGUCUGGGACGUCAUCUCCUUUUCGCCACAUCCCCGGUACGAUCUUUGCGCCACUCUGCUGAACGGUGCAUUAUAUGUAAUGGGAGGUCAGACAUUCCGCCUGGACAUAGACACCGACGAGUGGACCCCGGUGGACGAGGAGUGCUUGAAUCAGAAGUUCUUCAAUGGUUGCGCUACUGUUAACGGGAGGACGUUUCUUCUCGGGGAGAGGAAGGGGAACACGACGAUCCCGAAUAUGAUUCUUUUCGAUCCUUACACGGACACCUGUCAGACGGUGGACACAGCAGUGCCCUGCGCCCUCCCUGUGCGGGGCUGCAUGUCCAUCCGAAAGUUCAACACCACGCGAGUAUGAGGAAGACACGCGGGCAUCGUUUAAUGCAAGCAGCGCUCAGUAUCUAGUAUCUUUGGCGCUCAGUUAGUUCCCUCACUACACAGUCAGUCGGUCAACACUGGGCUCUCACCUUGCAGCCGGGAUUACGAUGGGCGGUGCCGAUGCAACAGAAUCAUGGCUAACACUUUUUUCAAUUUUCUAUCGAAAGGCACGCGAGACCGACCCAGAAAAUCCAGGUAGAAGUUAUUAAAUAUUAGCUCCUAUUACAGACUGUUCUGUCCACGGUUUCAUCAGUAAGCUACCCGUUGUCCUUGUUCAUCCUUGUCUAUCUCAACACCCUCUUGGUUACAUAUUCCAGCACCCAGACUCUUGAUUGCCGCGUUUGGUAAAUUCUAGUUCAUCUGAAUCUCCGUACUUGUUGCCCCUUGAUUGGCAACUUACUGGCCAGCUCCCGCCCGAAAGUUAAAUCACCCUGUGUCCACAUUCGUCACUAAUAUCACAACAACACCUAACUCCUUAAACCAUCCCCAUCCUUUGUAUCUUUGACUUCUAUGCACUUGCUUCUAUCCAAAACCACCUCUUCACUACAAUUGGAACUGUGGCUUCUACCAGUUAGCCUUCUCCUCGGGAAAUACUGUUGAACUACAAUCAAAAGGUAGUGGGUAUAUGGAACAAGCUGCCAGAAGAUAAGGUAUUUAUAAUACCAUUUAAAAGACAUUUGGACAGGUACAUGGAUAAGAAAGGUUUUGAGGGAUAUGGGCCAAACACGUGCAGAUGGGGCAUCUUGAUCAGUUGGGGCAAGUUGGGCCAAAGGGUCUGUUUCUGUGCCAUGUCACUCUACCUUUAAGAUCCUCAUUAAAAAGUAGAUCUAUUUUUCUGUCAUGAAAGAAA